AUGGUGCUCCACAAUCCCAACAACUGGCACUGGGUGAACAAGGAUGCCUCUGCGUGGACCAAGGAAUAUUUGGAAACAGAACUUACUACCAUCUCCGCAGAGGAAAAUGGAGUGACUGCUCAGAUAAAGAAGGUUGUCAGCGUCGAUGGCGAUGUAGACGUCAGCCAACGGAAAGGCAAGGUUAUCACAUUAUUUGAUAUUAAACUACAAUUAGAAUAUGAAGGUAAGACGAGCGACGACGAGGACGUCAGCGGCUCAAUCAAUAUCCCCGAGGUUGCGCAUGAUACCGAGGAAGACGAGUAUGUCUUUGAUAUUAGCAUCUACUCCGAAUCUGCUUCGAAGCAGCCGGUGAAAGACCUUGUCCGCUCUAAACUCGUUCCUAAAAUUCGCAAGGAAUUGGCAAAAUUAGCCCCUGCUUUGAUCGCCGAGCAUGGAAAGGAUAUUCAACAUGCACCUGGCUCCAACCCUUCAAGCGGCUUUGCGACACCAAAGAACCAGCUCCCCCAGAGCAGCACCCAAACUCCAAGAACUUCCACUCCUAGCACUACAACCACUCGCGCCUCCUCCAAUGUUAAUACUGUCACUGUCACUGCUUCAGAUGAAUUCCGCACUACCGCAGAAGAGCUCUACACAACCUUCACGGACCCCCAGCGCAUUGCUGCUUUCACCCGGGCUGCUCCUCGGCGAUUUGACGGUGCAAAUGUUGGCGGUAAAUUCGCAAUUUUCGACGGCAAUGUCGAUGGCGAGUAUAUAAAGCUGGAGUCUCCUAUCUUAAUUACCCAGAAAUGGCGGCUUGCGCAAUGGCCCGAGGGACACUACAGCACGCAAGAGAUUAAAUUUGAUCAGAAUGAUGUUGACCGAGUCACCACCAUGCGUGUGAAGUGGGAUGGCGUUCCAGUCGGACAGGAGGACGUCGUCAAGCGGAACUGGGAAGGAUACUAUGUGCGGAGCAUUAAGCAGACAUUUGGGUUUGGCACGAUUCUCUGA